AUGCUUAAAUCCCAUUCAUUGGAACACGAGAGCUUCGACACGAUGGUACAGAUACUGCCAAAAUUAAAAGACGAAAAGGCAGUAAUGCCAUUUCUCCUGCGAAUUCAAACUAUAUCCGGUCUGUGGGGGGAUCGAUCUCAACGGUAUAGAUUUUAUUUGAUUUUUUCGUACUUUUGCCUCAUGGUGGUUCUCCCGAAAGUUCUAUUUGGUUAUCCGGAUCUGGAAAUAGCCGUGCGUGGUACAGCCGAGCUGAUGUUUGAGUCGAAUGCAUUCUUCGGCAUGUUGAUGUUCUCCUUCCAGCGAAACAAUUACGAGCGAUUGGUGCACCAGCUGCAGGAGCUGGCAACGCUAGUUUUUCAGGACUUACCAGCGGAACUGGGAAAGUACUUGAUCGAAGUGAACAGGCGUGUUGAUCGAUCAUCUAAAAUCUACUGCUGCUGCCACCUUUCACUUGCGACGUUCUUUUGGUUCAUGCCUAUUUGGACGACCUACUCCGCUUAUUUUGCCGCUCAGACGAAUAGCACAGAACCAGUCGAGCACGUGCUACACCUCGAGGAGGAACUAUACGGGCUGAAGAGCCGCACUUCGAUUGUGCAUUACACAAUCUAUGCUGCAAUAAUGUGGCCAACAAUCUACACGCUUGGUUUUACCGGUGGCACGAAACUGUUGACCAUUUUUAGCAACAUUAAGUACUGCUCGGCUAUGCUGAAACUGGUUGCUCUCAGAAUGCAGUGCAUCGGGCGCGUUAAGGAAGCUAAUGCAGAAACGGAGCUCAAUGGCAUCAUUUUCAUGCAUCAGCGAGCGCUCGAUUGUGUUUUUUUGUUAGAAACCACCUUUCGGUGGGUGUUCUUCGUUCAAUUUAUCCAGUGUACGAUGAUCUGGUGCAGUCUCAUCCUGUAUAUAGCAGUGACGGGAUUCAGCUCUACUGUGGCGAAUGUGUGCGUACAAAUCAUCCUGAUCACGGUGGAAACUUACGGUUAUUGUUACUUCGGCACUGACUUAACAACGGAGAGCUUCGGCGUGGCGCUAGCAGUAUACGACAGCGAAUGGCACAAAUUUUCCAUUUCAAUGCGCCGAAAGCUGCGUUUGCUUUUACAACGUGCUCAAAAACCGCUCGGGGUAACUGCUGGAAAGUUCCGUUUCGUCAACGUUGCACAAUUCGGAAAAAUGUUGAAAAUGUCCUAUUCAUUCUACGUCGUGUUGAAGGAACAAUUUUAG